AAAAAAAGCAAACAAACGAAAAAGAGAAUGACUCUGAUUCUAAAAUUGGAGUAUGUUCUCCACUUGAGUGAGGACCAAAGCCAGCAUAUGACCGCCAUAAUAGAACUUCGUUACCGGAGUCCCCAAGCUUGUUCUCUGUGUGGAAUAGCAGUGUCUAUGUUGUGGCCCUCUCCUUCCGGGGUUCUGGGAGAUCAAGGAAGACCAUUCCUGCCCCAGGACUGAAGGCAAGAAAAAGACGGCUCCCCAAGCCUUAAGGGGUCAGCCCCGAGGUUUAACCGCUUAGGGUCCCCGAGGCUCCGAGGGACUGAGCGCCUGCCGCUGUGUGCUACCUCAGGUAGCACCCUGGAAUUGCAUCACCCUGAAGCCUAAACAGCCAGGGAACACUGGCAGCUAAAAGGAAACAGGGGGAAACUGAAAUCCGGGCCCUGGGAUCCUCCUCCAUCUGCUGGCUGCCUUUGGGAGCGCGGUUCUCCCACGGUGCCAGUCUGCAGGGAACACCCUCUGCGUUUUUCUCUCUUGACUCUGCAUCUGCCUUCAUCUGAUUACCUGUGCGCCCUUCCUUACUCACAGAUAUAAACAAUUCCCAUUCCUCCCCACCCGUGCUGGCUGGCUUUCCGAAGGCAUAAUCACAGGAAAUUCUGGGCUGGGACCCCCUGUGGGGUGCAGGCUGGGGUGCCCUGAUGGUAUGUGUCCCAACAGGUUUUUCUCUAUCAACCUUGAAAUCAGCCUGGAGCCUGCCUGACCUACAUUCCCCUUAACCGCCCCCCCUCCCCUUACCCCCAGGGAGUUGGAGCCAGUGGUAGAGACAGGUUAGAAGCAAGACUCAAGAGGCUAGGUUUCUGUGGUCCCAACCUGGCCCCGUAGGGAAAGCAAGGCACAAAGCCUCCUGUGUCCUCCGCUGAGCCUGAGAGGCUGAGUGGAGUUCACUUGCGUGGGUUAAGGGCCAGUUCCUGGGAGGAGAGAUGCUAGGCAGGGAGGUGUUUGCUGGUAGACCCUGUACAGCCUGGUCCUCUCCCACGUCUGGGAGGGGCCGAGUCAGAGACAACAGCUGGGCUGGUCUGCAAGAGAGGUCAUCUGACUGGCUGCUCGGUCUGGGCUCCUCUCUCCUCCUCUUCACCAGCAGGCUACCCAGGAGCUGGUGCCCACACAGGCAAGCCACCAGGCCGCAACACCCACCUCACCUCCAGCUCCUUCUGGGGAAGCCAGCUGAACCAUGUCUGUAAGCAGUGGACCAAUCGGAGCAUCCCUGACCCAGGAGAUCCUCAGCUCGCUGGGCCUUGCCAACAAGACAGCAGCUUGGGGCACCCUGGGCACCCUCAGGACUUUCUUGAGCUUCAGUGUGGACAAGGAUGUUCAGAAGCUGCUGAAGGCCAUUACAGGCCAAGGUGUGGACCACAGCACCAUUGUGGAUGUCCUGACCAAUCGGAGCAGAGAGCAAAGACAGCUCAUUUCUCGAGCCUUCCAAGAGCGCACCAAACAGGACCUCCUGAAGUCCUUGCAGGCAGCACUGUCUGGCGACCUGGAGAAAAUUGUGGUGGCUCUCCUACGGCCUGCAGCCCAGUCUGAUGCCCAGGCAUUGAGGACAGCCUUGAAGGCCUCAGGUUCUGCUGGAGAUGUAGCCUUGGAAAUUCUGGCCACCCGAGCAGCACCCCGACUGCAGGAGUGCCUGGCAGUAUAUAAACAUGAUUUCCAGGUGGAGGCUGAGGAAGAUAUCAGAACUGAGACCAAUGGCAUCUUGCAGGACCUGCUUCUGGCCCUGAGCAAGGGGGGCCGCGAGAACUACUCUGGGGUCAUUGACUACAACUUGGAAGAACAAGAUGUCCAGGCACUCCAGCAGACCGGAGGAUCCAGUACAGCAAGUCAAUGGGUCCUGAUCUUUACACAACGGAGCCCUGAACACCUCAUCCGAGUGUUUGAUCAGUACCGGAGAUGUACUGGGCAAGAAUUGGAGGAUGCUGUCCGCAGCUGUUUCCACGGAGAUGCUCAGCGGGCUCUGCUCAGCCUGGCUUCCAUAAUGAGAAACACAGCGCUGUACUUCGCUGACAAACUUCACCAAGCCCUUCAGGAAACUGAGCCUGAUUUCCAGGUGCUGACCCGAGUCCUUGUCUCCCGGAGCGAGAUCGAUCUUCUGAGCAUUCGGGCUGAGUUCAAGAAGAAAUUUGGGAAGUCUCUAUAUUCUUCUCUCCAGGGUACAGUGAGAGGGGAUUGUCACUCGGCCCUCCUGGCCCUGUGCAGAGCCGAAGACAUCUGAGACCUUGUGGACCCACCCUGACCCAGCAUUCAAGAAUCUGGGGAUUCCCAUGUUUGGUUGAACACAUGGGAGACCCCCAACAAACACCAUAUACCCUAACUUCCUCUUGAGGCUGGACCUCUAAAUUUCUUUGAUAUCCUUGGAUUUCCCUCAUCUCUAGCCACAUUUGGGAGGAGGAAUGGGGUGUCUUUAAUAGUGUCUGCCCUAGACAUCAAUCCAUACCACGGCCAGAACAUCUCCCUGCUAGUUGAACCCUUUGCCAAAUCCACUGUCUUUUUAAGUUUCCUGGUUAAAAUUUGGGCAGGUCACAAAGGGAAUUCCAGGACAGGCUCCA